GUCAAAAAACUAAUUCUAACCUGAAUUAAUAAAUUAAUAAAUCAAAAGAAAUAAAACAUAAACCAAAUAUUAUCAACCAUGUCUUCUAAACCAGAAGAUAAAGUAUCCGAAUUCGAAUGGAUAAAGCUAAGAACCGACAUGGGGGGCCACGAGACUACCAGAGAAAAGUUAAUAAGAAAAAUGAAAGAAAACCCAGUAGUCCCCUUCGGUUGUCUCGUAACUGCCGUUGUCUUAGGAAUGGGCUUAGCAAACUUUCGUAAGGGGGACAUGGCUAAGUCUCAGAAAUAUAUGCGCCUUCGAGUAUUGGCUCAGGGCUUCACAGUAGCAGCUCUCAUGGGGGGCAUGGUGCUGGCUGCAUGGAAACCGCAGGAGAAGAAUGAUAAAUGAUGUAAUAGUCUUUGUAUAUAGAGCAAGUGUAUAGAGGUUAAUUUAUUUGUAUAUGUAUAUAGUAGU